GCAUAUUUACCAAAUUACCACUGCUUCUUUGGCUUUCUUUUUCUCUGCGUCGUUGUGCAGAGAGAAAGCGAAACCCAAAAGAGAAGAGAAAAGCAGAGAAAUGACGAGCGAAGAGGAGAACGGAGAGUUCUACCUUCGAUAUUACGUGGGACACAAAGGGAAGUUCGGUCACGAGUUCUUGGAGUUCGAGUUCAGGCCAGAUGGCAAGCUCCGAUACGCCAACAACUCCAACUACAAAAACGACACCAUCAUCCGCAAGGAGGUUUACCUCACCCCUGCCGUUCUCCGCGAGUGCCGUCGUAUCAUCUCCGACAGCGAGAUCAUGAAGGAAGAUGAUAACAACUGGCCGGAACCUGACCGUGUUGGCAGGCAGGAGCUUGAGAUUGUGAUGGGAAACGAGCACAUCUCCUUCACAACCUCCAAGAUUGGGUCUCUGGUGGAUGUUCAGAGUAGUGCAGAUCCAGAAGGUCUUCGCAUCUUUUACUACCUUGUUCAGAGAGAAGAUCAUAUGAUCUCAUGUUUGAGUUGAAGGAAAAUAUGUUAAGUAACCA